AAUAUAAAUGAAUAACAUAAAACGAAUUUAAUAACUCUCCACCAACGUCCGUUUCAGCUUCAAUCGAAGAAGACGAAGUAGAAGCAUACACUUUGUGAGGAGUUAGGUUUUCUUUUCAAUUCUCCUCGUAACGCUCACCGGAGACCAUGGCUCGUCCUUCUUCGGCGUCUGCAACGGCCAAGCUUCCUUCAAUCAAACCAGAGGAUUACGCUCACAGUCCCGUCCACUACGCCGUCGUUUUGAGAGAUCACGCUUCCCUCACCCGUAUCCUCUCCUCCCUCCCCAACCUCGGAGAUCCAGAGCAGAUCCGCACCGAAUCCGACUCACUGAGCCAAGAACGAGUCGCGGAUCAGAUCUCCGCCGUGCUCGACCGCCGCGACGUCCCCUCACGCGAGACGCCGCUCCAUCUAGCGGUUAGGCUCAACGACGUGUUCGCCACGAAGGCGAUUUCGUCCGCCGGCGCCGACAUUUCGCUCCACAACGCCGCGGGAUGGAAUCCGUUACAGGAGGCCUUCUGUCGCCGGAAUUCGGAGGUUAUGAAAGUGCUUCUGAGGCAUCACCACCGCUUGGCGUGGUGCAAGUGGCGGAGACGGUUACCGCGAUUGAUCGGUGUUCUCCGCCGUAUGAGAGAUUUCUACAUGGAGAUCUCUUUCCACUUCGAGAGCUCCGUGAUUCCCUUCGUCGGCAAAAUCGCUCCCUCUGACACUUACAAGAUCUGGAAACGCGACGGAAACCUCCGCGCGGACACUACAUUAGCCGGAUUCGACGGGUUGAAGAUCCAGCGCGCCGAUCAAAGCUUCCUUUUCCUCGGAGACGGUGACGAAUCUCUCGACAUCUCUCCCGGUUCGUUGCUCGUACUAAACCGAGACGAUCGUAAAAUCCUAGACGCGUUUGAGAGUGCCGGGGCUCCGAUUAGCGAUUCGGAUAUCGCUGGAUUCUGUUCUCAGUCCAGCUUGUACCGUCCGGGGAUGGAUGUUACUAAAGCGGAGCUCGUGGGACGAAUGAAUUGGCGGCGGCAAGAGAAGAUGGAGAGCGUUGGAGAUUGGAAAGCUAGGGUUUACGAGAUUCAGAAAGUUACUUUCAGUUUCAGGUCUCGGAAAAUCGUUAACGAUAGCGAAAGCGAACAGGUUCAGCCUCUGGAGCUGGACGAAGACGACGACGGGUUUCUAGUGGCGGAGAAUCCGAGUUUCUUGGCUCCGCAACGGUCACAGAGACGGCACAGUAGCUUUGUGAACGAAGACAGAGAUUGGAUUUCCGUUGGGAGAAAAAGCGUCGACGUCUAUCCCUCCGCCGUGCCACCGCCGCAAUUCCAGCCUCCGAGAAGAUCAGUUGCUCAAUUAGAGCCACCGAGAAGAUCAGUGGCCGUACCUUCAACCGCAGCACCACCGCAAUUCCAGCCUCCAAGAAGAUCAGUAACUCAGUUCCAGCCGCCGAGAAGGUCAGUGGCCGUGCCAUCAACGGUGUCUCCGGUGAAUCCUCUGCCGUCUCCUCAGAUCAAAGAGAAGGAAUUCGUCAAGAGCUUGCAUCCGUCUGUUUGGUUAACUGACCAGUUUCCGUUAAAGACGGAAGAGCUGCUUCCGUUGCUCGACAUCUUAGCUAACAAAGUGAAAGCAGUCGCGAGGAUGCGUGAGCUCCUCACCACCAAGUUCCCGCCGGGAACUUUUCCAGUCAAGCUGUCUAUCCCGGUGGUCCCGACGGUUAAAGUAGUCAUCACAUUCACCAAGUUCGUUGAUCUUCCACCAGCGGAGCGAUUCUAUACUCCACUCUCAAGCCCCAGAUUCCUCUCCUGUCCAGACCAAUCUGAUGACAACGAAGAAAAAGCAGACGCUCGGAAUUCAACCUCGCGGCCGUCGUCGUGGCUGAGACGCGCAGGAUUAGGCUCACAGUCACAGCGGAGGAUAGAGGAGGAGGAGCAACAAACACCGGACCCGUUUGCUAUACCUAUCGGGUAUAAGUGGACAAGCAUGAAGAAUAACAAUAAGUCCGAUACUAAAAUGAAGAGAUCAAGGUCAACUAAGAGAUCUAAAUAAAAGAAAUAUAAUCUCUAUUAUUUCUUUUUGUUGUUGUUCUGGUAGAUAAAUCGGAAAUUAGUAAGUAAUCAAUAUAGAGGAAUUAUUUCUGGAUGUAGUUUUUUUUCGUUUACUAUACAUUUUAUUUUUUAUUUUUUUCUGAAAUGGCUAUAAGAUUCAAAUGCUGUCAUUUUCAC